UGGACAGGCUGGAUCCAUGGGCCAAGGCUCUGCAGAGGGAUCUGGACAGGCUGGAUCCAGGGGCCAAGGCUCUGCAGAGGGAUCUGGACAGGCUGGAUCCAGGGGCCAAGGCUCUGCAGAGGGAUCUGGACAGGUUGGAUCCAUGAGCUGAGACCAAAGUCUGAUCCAUGAUGGGCUCCGCGAUACCCGCGGUUCCCAGCCGGAUCUACACCGGGAUCAGCCGCUCGCUGCAGGCCAUUCCCCGGAGGGCGUUCUCUCCUUUCCCAGAGGAAGGAGGAAUGCUCAGCUCAGGACGCGCUCCUCGCCCCACGGAGACGCUUCGCCCCCGGUUCGCGUCCGCCCCGCAGCGACCGCCAAUGGCCCAGAGCUGCGCUGCGGCGGCCCCGAUGCAUCCUGGGACAUGUGGUCCAGCGGCUGUUGCAGAUGCUAAGGGCGGUUGCCGAGAGGACGCCAUUUCCCAGGGCGCAGUGCGACGAGCGGCGCAGUGCAUCCUGGGUUUUGUAGUCCAGCCCCCCACACACGCGCGGAGUAGAGUGGCCCAGCGGCGCUGGAGGACUACAUUUUCCGGCGUGCCCCGCGACAGGGCGGGUCGAGGUGCGCGCCAAGAUGGCGGUGGGGAAGGAGGUGUUGGAGCUGGACCUGUACGGCCUGCUGGGCAUCAGCGAGAGGGCGACGGAGAAGGAGGCGGGAUGUCCCAUUCGGGCCUUGGAGCUUGGCCCUCCUAACGAGCAGCAUCCCGACCCCUGCUCUGCUUUCGCUUCUGGUUUCUCAAGGAGUUGUAGCCCCAGGCGUGCUGAGCCCAGCCGGGGCCAUCGUGGUGCCGCCUUGGAGACCCAUCUUGGUUGGUUUUGCUACCGGUGCCUGCACCCUGCACGGCUGCCGACCCUCCGCAGAGACUGGCUCCUUGCUGCUCCCUGGAGAAAUCGUGGCCUCCUCACUGGUGACGCUGUCCUCUCCCAGAGGAAGAUAAGAUGUCCAGUUCAGGUCAUGGAGCUCACUCCUCAUCCUAACCCCUCCUCCUCUGCGGCAGUCACUGUGCUUUCUGGAUGCUGGGGGAUCUGUGCUGGGAACGACUCCUCGAUGCCUGCUACUCCCUGCGGGAUCUGUGCCGGGAACGACUCCUCCACUCCAGCUGCUCCCUAUGGGAUCUGUGUUGGGAACGACUCCUCCACGCCCGCUGCUCCCUGUGGAACCUGUGCCGGGAACGACCCCUCAACGCCCGCUGCUCCCUGCGGGAUCUGUGUCGGGAGCGACUUCUCGAUGGCCGCUGCUCCCUGCGGGAUCUGUGUCGGGAAUGACUCCUCGAUGCCCGCUGCUCCCUGCGGGAUCUGUGCCGGGAGCGACUUCUCGAUGGCCGCUGCUCCAUGUGGGAUCUGUGUCGGGAACGACUCCUCAAUGCCAGCUGCUCCCUGCGGGAUCUGUGUCGGGAGCGACUUCUCGAUGGCUGCUGCUCCCUGCGGGAUCUGUGUCGGGAACGACUCCUCGACACCCGCUGUUCCCUGGAGGAAUGCCUGCCUGCCCGCUGGCUCCUCUCUGAAGACAUUGGGUCAUCCCGUUCAGGCCUUGGAGCUCGGCCGUGGUCACGAGCAGCAUCCAAAGCCUGGUGCCACUCCUGUCUCUGGCUUCUUGAGGAGUUGGAGACACGGGCGCGCUGAGCCCAGCCGUGGCCAUGGUGGUGCCUCCUCGGAGAAUUGUCUCUGGCCCUCUCUGGAGCCGCUGCGUGACCACCAUCCUGGCCUCUUCUGGAAAAGCUUGAGGAACGCCGCCGCCUCCUCCUUGUGUCAGAGCGGGGUUGAGACCUGCGCCCACACACGUGGCGCCUGAUGUCGUAGAUCUCGUAGCUGCGAGGCCCCAGCCUCCGGAACACGUAGUGGAAAGUCUGCCGGCAGAGGGGACACGUGGUUCUUUGGUGGCCCCAGUCCCAGAUGCAGGGAAAACAGAACCUGUGCUGGCAUGGCCUCACACAGGCUUCCUGACUGAUGGCGUCCAGGCAAAUCACGCAGUGUAGGACCGCGGAAGCAUCCGGCUCCGCGGCCUGGGUCGCCCAGCUGGUGCUGGCCACUGCAGAAGAGGUGCUCUGUUCCACCACGUCCUGCUCCGAUGCCAUCUUACGCGGCAAAGGAAAAUGAUGCCAAGCUGAUGGCCGGCCCUGGAGACGCAGCCUGCGGGAAGCAGCAAAGGGGAUGGAGGGAUGCGCUGAAUAGGCGCUCGCUCGGCCUCGAGGCUGCGCUCGUGGUACCGUGAGUGCCAAGGGUGUCUUGGAGCAGACGAAUCACACGAGGAACGUCUCGGUGAGCUCCUGCUCUGCUCCAACACGUGCUGGCAGGAAUCGGGAAGGCAGGAGAGCGGUUCCUGGCCUCUCCACGAGGGCAGCACAAGAAGGAUCGGGGUACAGCAGGUCGGGACCAGCGCCCUGGUCCUGCCAGUGUCCCCGUCCAGCAGAACCUGUCUGUGCUCUCGGCAAAGAGCUCGCAGGAUGGGGCGUUCGCCCCCUCCCUGUCAGACACCUGUCCUCCACGCGUGAGGACAGCACAGUGGCCCUGCGGGGCUGCUGCACACCUCAAGAGGAGAGAGUCACUGGGGUCCCUCUGUGACAUCACAGAGCUUUCGGAGACCGUGCCCAGACUCAGCCAAUCACAGCACGGUUUGGGCUGGAAGGGACCUCAAAGCCCACCGAGUUCCAGCCCCACCCUGCUUGUUCCUGGAGAGCUGCAGGACCCAUGCUGGGGUCGGUUUCUUGGCCGCGCCGUUCCCUGGAGGAAUUCCAGCCUGGCUGUUGGUGCUUGCUUCUCCCUAAGGACGCUGGAUUGAAGCCUUCAGGCCCCGGAGCUCAGCCCCCGUCACGAGCAGCAUCCCAAGCCCUGCUCCACUGAUGCCUCCUGCCUCUUGGGGAGUCGUAGCCCCAAGCACACUGAGCCUGGCUGUGGCCGUCAUGGGGCCACCUCAGGGACCGGCUUCAGAACCUCUCUGGGGCUGCCGGGUGACCAGUGUCGUGGCCUCUUCUGGAAGAGCUGCGGCUUGAGGAACGCCACUGCUGCCUCCUUUCAGCAGGGCGGGGUGGACAUCGCCCACUGUGGUCACAGGCGGGGAUACCGUAGCCCCCAUAGCUGCAAGGUCCCAGUGCCGGGAAGAGGUGGUGAAAAGUCCACCAGCAGAGGGGACGCACAGCUCUUCAGCGGCCCCACUCCCAGAUGGUCCCAGCAAGGUGACCUUGGACAGAGGUCCACGCACUCCGUUCUUCGGGAUCAUCAAAGCCUGCCUGGACGCUGCCCCUGCUCAAGCAGCAGCCUUGGACAAGAUGAACUCUAGAGGUCCCUUCCCACCUCCUCGAGUCCAUGAUUUGGGGCAGGAUAGAGUCUAGGCAAGACCCAAGUGCCCUCAUUCUCCUAAACCGUCCCUGGAAGGUUUAGCAAUAUGAUUAAACGCUCACAUAGGGUUCCAGCUGAUGGUGGAACUGUUACACCUGAUCUGCUGUCUCUUG